UCAGCUCUAGCACAGUCAGGGAGUCGAGAGUCGAGAGCGAGGGGAUCCGGGUCAUCUCUCACACACCACAUACCUACUUUACCUACUUCUCUGUCCCAACAAUCACAAAACUUGCUCAGCUGAGCCUCCUCGACACAACACAUUAUAUAUAUAUAUAUCAGCAACUGCAACGCGGACUCGUGGGUAAAUUCCCGAAAAUUUGCGUGUUUGUAUACAUUUUCAGUUGGCUUAACUGCAAGUGGAAAAAAGGAGGAAACGGCGAAGAGAAUCUUCUGCAAGAGUAACCUUACACUUAUACCUGCUUAUCAAAUGGCUGGCUUUGGAGUGCACCGCGACAAUGGACCGAAGGCCGAGCUCAGCGCGCUGUUCUUCGACCUGGACAACACUCUCAUCGAGACGCGGAGGGGCGACAAUUUAGCCUGUCGCAAGCUGGCCGAGGAGCUAUAUCGCGACUACCAAAUACCAGAAGACCAGGCGGCCAAGAUAACAAGCUCGUACCUGAAGCAGUUCCGCAAGUGUCCGGACAACCAGGUGUCGAGCCUCGAGUCGUGGCGCACCCAGCUCUGGAGCCGCGCCCUGGGCGAGAAGCACGCCCGGCUGGUAAAGCCCGUGUACGAGCGCUGGCUGCACCUGAGGUACCAACAACUCGCCCUCACCCCCGAAACAGUGGCCAUGUUGCGAGGACUGAGGAAGAAGUACCUCCUGGGACUCAUCACCAACGGGCCCUCCAACGCCCAGCGCGAAAAAAUCCACGAACUUGGGCUCGGCCAGUACUUCGACGUGAUGCUCGUGUCCGGCGAUCUGCCCUGGGAGAAGCCCCAGCCCAGGAUCUUCCACGAGGCCUGCCGUUAUCUCGCAGUUAGGCCCGAUAAUUGUAUCAUGGUGGGGGAUAAGUUAGAGACCGACAUCAUUGGUGGUAUUGCGGCCGGAUUCGCCGGUACCGUGUGGAUACCCUUCGGCGACAGUCGACUUCUCGAAAAAGAUGGUCCAAAGCCCAACUACACGAUCAAAAAAGUCACCGACUUACUUAAAAUCCUAAAUUAUGGACCCGAUGCCCACGAGUACGAGGACUCGUCGUCCAACGCUUCGGAUGGCAUGUAAGAGGUGAUUCGGGAUUUGUAUUACACGUACACACUGCACGAUACUGCUGAACUGCGGGAGCAGCAAGAGGAGGCCCAAAGAUGAUGGCGAUUCAAGAGUCUCAAUGAAGAGAGAAUUGCCAAAUGCAAUGAAGCAUACCAUGGAAUCUUUAUUAUAAGAAGGACCUGGUGUCCGAUUUUCAUUACUUAGUAUUUUUCUUUUUUUAUCAAGCUUGAGGUGUCGAAUUUGUUAUUACUUUACUUUUUUUUUACUACUAUUAGUGCAUAAUAGCUUUUAUUUUUUUUUUUUUUUCAAUUUUCUUACUCCAAGUGAAAGAGCAAUGGUGAUAUUUAGGUAAUUGUAGUUUUUUAAUGCAGCUGUAGAGGGCAGUGUACAAUUAUUAUUUGUGAUUCAUGUAGUACCUAAUUAUCCUUCCUUCAUUUUCCUUUGUCGUAUGAAAAAAAUACCAAUGUCCUGUUGAUAGGCGUAUCUAUAGUUGUCUCGGUUGUACAAUAUGCUGUGUAUUUGAAGAAUACGAGCGUGUCUCACUCGACAUAAUGGUUUAUUUCGAUAAACACAAUGUAAGUAUAUAAAUAGGUCUGGAUGCACUCUAGCGAUGAGCUAUGCGUCUAUUCUCAUGGUACAAGAGCAGCCUUAAAUUUUUAGCAAGUAGUCUUUUACAAAGCAGAGGUCAAUUUUUUGUUCAACUCUCUGGCAUAUCUCGUAUCAAGGUGUAAAUGCGUAAUCCAAAAAAGAAUUUAUGUAACUAAUGUACAAAUCUGUAAGGUCACGUACACUAUACAAAGUACUGCUUAGGGGUGAAGAAACUACAUUGAUGAAUAGAGUUGUAAUAAAAACUAUUAAUAAUAAUAAGAAAAAUAUCUCAAGUAGUUUUGUAUCACGUUUUUAAUCCAAUGUAACAUAUAUAUCAAAUAAUUAAAAAGAUAAACGACUAGAUGGAUAGCUCCUACAAUUACUUAAUGGUUGUGUAUAUGUAUGUGUAUAGAAAAAAAAAAAAAAAGAAAGAUUCACCUUUUACCUUAAAAGCUAUAAACUAUUCUACCUAAUAAUAAUGCGUAUAUGUACAUUAAAAUAUAUUUUUUCACUGUACAUUUUUUGAUUGUUCAAAACACUUGUUACGCAAGUCAAGUUAGCAAUAUCCACAAAACAUAUAAUUAUAUUGUACCAUACGUGUAAUAGUCAUCUCAAAAUGAUCUGCUACUAUCGAAGAAAUAAAAAAUGUGUAUAAUAUA